AUGGCCAUCCUCUUACCAUCUUCACCUUUCCUUGUCUAUAAACUUACGAUUCUUCUUAUCAUCUUUACCACUUGUAUUGCUGCUCCAGUCACUCCUGAUGAUGAAGAGCAAUCUUAUAUUGUUUACAUGGGAGAUAUUCCAAAGUUCAAAUAUAAUGGACUGCCAACACAAAACCCGGCACUUCGAUCGCAACUCCGUCUCCUGUCAUCAGUCAAGGGAGCCGGUGAUAGUCUUAAAGCUAGGGAGUCAAUGCUCUACAGCUAUUCAAACAGCUUCAAUGGUUUUGCAGCAAGGCUUACUAAAAAAGAAGCCCAGGCAUUGAUGGAAAAUGAUCAGGUGGUGUCGGUUUUCCCAAAUCGUUAUCACAAGCUUCAGACAACAAGAUCAUGGGACUUCAUCGACUUUCCUAUAAAUACUCAAAGAAAUCUCCAAGUUGAGAGUGACAUUAUCAUUGGUGUUCUUGAUUCAGGAAUCAACCCAGAUUCAGACAGUUUUAAGGAUACUAAUUUUGGCCCUAUACCCGCAAAAUGGAAGGGAAGUUGCAAACAAUAUGCUAAUUUCACUGGAUGUAACGACAGGAAACUGAUAGGAGCAACGUACAUCAUGACGGAUGGGAAUCCUGACCCAAACGAUAUACUUUCACCGGUGGACAUGAACGGUCACGGGACUCACACGGCAUCAACAGCAGCAGGUAACUUGGUGGAGGCUGCGAGCCUAUACGGCCUGGGGAAAGGAAUAGCUCGUGGGGCUGUGCCAUCGGCAAGGAUUGCAGCGUACAAGGUUUGUUGGCAGAGCACAGGGUGCGGGGACAUGGACAUAUUAGCAGGAUUCGAUCAGGCCAUUAAAGAUGGGGUUGAUAUCAUAUCGAUUUCUAUUGGGGGAUCUCCUGGUGCUGGUUAUACAAAUGAUGGCAUAGCAAUUGGUGCAUUUUAUGCCCUGAAGAAGGGUAUUAUUACGAUUGCAUCCGCCGGAAACGGUGGACCUGAGCGUUUUACUGUUGAGAACCAUGCUCCUUGGAUUUUGACCGUUGCUGCUAGCACCAUUGAUAGAGGAUUCAUAAACAAAAUUCAACUGGGAAAUGGAAAACUUUAUACUGGAGUUGGAAUAAGCGCAUUUCAGCCGGAUAAGAAAUCAUACCCCCUUGUUACCGGAGCCGAUACUGCUCUCCGCCCAAAAUUUAGGAAAGCGGCAGAGGCUUGUGACUUUAGUGCGGUGGACAAGAAGAAAGUGAAGGGAAAAUUAGUUAUGUGCGCAGGUAGGUGGAGUGUUCAAGCUGGUAUUAAAUUAAAGGGAGGAGUUGGUACUAUUCUGGAGAAAAACGAAAAAGACUAUCUUGAUUCAGCCAAAAUUUAUAUGGUCCCUGCAACCACCGUAGAGAAUUCCACUUUUCAACUUAUCCAAAAUUACAUGAAGUCCAAAAAAUCUGCCACAGCGGUCAUCCACAGAACAGAGGAAGUAAAAAUCCAAGCUCCACAUGUUGCUUCAUUCUCAUCCAGAGGACCAAAUCAAAUAUCACGCCGCCUUCUUAAGCCCGACAUUACUGCACCUGGUGCUGACAUCUUGGCGGCUUACACCCCCCUCGCGACACUAACUGGCUUAGAAGGUGACACCCAGUACGCAAAAUACACCAUCAUGUCCGGCACUUCAAUGGCUACACCCCACGUUGCCGGUAUCGCCGCCUACAUAAAGUCUUUCCACCCAGAUUGGAGUCCUGCUGCUAUCAAAUCUGCUAUCAUGACCACAGCAAAACCCCUAAACCGGACAGCACACGAAGACGGCGAACUAGCUUACGGCGCUGGCCAAGUCAACCCAAGAAGAGCUGUCGACCCCGGUUUAAUCUACGACAUGAAUUAUAUUACCUACAUCGAGUUCUUAUGUCGUGAAGGCUACGAAGAUUCCACCAUUCACAAAAUUACCGCUGUACAGACAGUAAACUGCUCGAACCUCAUCUAUGACAAUAACAACGAUGCUCUCAACUACCCUACAUUUCAACUCAUUGCCAACGCUAGCCAAGCCCAACAGGUCGCCAUUUUUCAGCGGGCGGUCACCAACGUAGGCCCUGCUAUCUCUGUCUACAACGCCACCAUCCUGGCGCCGCCCGGGGUUGAGGUCGCGAUUGAGCCGCCGAGUCUGUCCUUCACUCUUGUGAAGCAAGAAAGGAUAUUCACGCUAAAGGUUACAGUAACGAAGGCGGUGAGCGGAGAGGUGUUAUCCGGUGAGCUUGUCUGGAUAAGCCCCAACCACUCUGUGAGGAGUCCUAUUGUUGUUUAUACUCUGCCUGAAAUGGAGAUUAAUUCGGGUGUGGUGGAAACGCAAAUGACAACGCCAUGA